AUGAGAAAAUUAAAUGAUAAAAAAGAAUUUGAAAAAGCAAUUGAUUUAUUUUCAAAAGCUGAAGAAAAAUCCAAUGAAACUAUAUCUGCUUUAUCUAUUAAUCAAGUACUAAAAUUUGUUACUAAUAGAAGAGAUUUUCAAAGUGGUUUAAAUAUACAUCAACGAUAUUUAUCUCUCAUUGAAAAAAAUUCUUUUAUAUUAGUAUCACUGAUUCAUUUUUACAUGGAUUUUGGAAAUGUAAAUAUUGCUGAAGAAUUAUUUAAUAAAUCAAAAACUAAAACAAUAUUUAUGUGUGGAGCAAUGAUGAAAGGUUAUAUUAAAAAUAAUCAAGCAAAUAAAGCAAUAGAUCUUUUUCAUGAAAUAAAAAAUCCUGAUGAAGUUAAUAUUAUUCUUUUAUUCAAUGCUUGUGCUCAAUUAGCAAAUAAAGAAGCAUUACAUUUAAUAGAAAAAGUUUUAAAACAGAUUCCUGAAUCUUUCAAAUCAAAUCCUCGUCUCUUAACUUCUUUAUUAGAUGCUCUAAUGAAAUGUGGUGAUGUAACAGAUGCUCAAUUAUUAUUUUCAAAGUCAAAAAAUAAAACAGUACCAAUGUAUGGAACAAUGAUGAAUGGAUUUAAUAAAGAUAAUAAAUUUUCGAAAAUAUUAGAUUUAUUUAAUGAAAUGAAGAUAAAUCGUAUUCAAGGAGAUGUAUUUAUUUAUCUCGAUCUUAUUAAAGCUUUAGCACAAAUUGCUGAUUAUUCUAAAUGUCAACUAUUUAUUAAACAUAUUCCUGAUUCUUUUCUUUCGGAUAAUCAAAUUCAAAAUGCAUUAAUUGAUAUGUGGGUAAAUUAA